AUUCUCUCGGCCCAUUAACUCCUAAACGAAUAUCCCGACAAGUCUUUUUUUUUUUUUUUUUUUUCCGGCCACAAUUUGCUUUUGCUCUGUGUUUCCUCUCGCCUCUCCGUGGGAACCACUAUGCGCAGAAGACCUGUUUACAUGGGGACCAAUACAAACGUCUACUGGAACGCCGACAGUUGGCUCUCCGAUAGGUAUAAUGAACCUUGUUUUAUCAUUGAGUCUCUCUUUUCAUCUCUUUUCAAGAAGUAUAGGCAUGGUCACCAUAUUACGGCGUAUGGUGAUGCGGUCAAAGUCUCGGAUGACUUGACGGAUGGGUAUUAUUUGCAUCUCGGAUUCUACAUUUUCGAAAAGAGAGGGAGUGAAGAUGAAAGGUUUUACUUGAUGCUAGUAAAGGCUGUUCAAGUGGCUUCAAUAAAGCACCGAACGGUGAUCAUCGCAAAGCUGUCACAAGACUCGGCGAUGAUCUGUAGGGUUCUUGCUUCCUUGAGAAACAAAGGCUGCAGUGUCGUAUAUGUAGUGCCUGAGCUUGACGUCGACAAAGCAACACCAGGAAUCACUGUAUCCUCGGAGCGGAACGAUACGAGUGUCCCAGUGUGGCCUUGUCCACACUUGUUUGACCGAGAGCCUGGUGUUGAAUAUAAUGAUAGCGAGAGGUACUUCAUAGAGCCUCCUGCUCCAGAAGCACAUACCGUUUCUUUCACCAUGCCCCUGGAUGUAGAUACAUCCGUCUUCUGGGACGUCGAAGAUUACCCGUUCCCUCCGGGUCUUGAUCUCAGUAUGUUUUAUGAGAACAUCGCAGCAGCUGUUCGUGCUCGUGUUCUUUAUUCUACUGGUGGCGUCUCAAUCUACGCCUAUGUUGCCAAGGAGGAGGAAUUUGGCUACCGAGACCGAAAUGGAAAUCACUGUGGUACGCAAAGCUCCAGCAGACAAGCUUGCAAGAUUGUCCAAGAUGACUAUGGACUUUCUUUUGUGGUCUACGGACAAUCCUGCGAAACUUCAUCCUCCCAAACAUCACGGUCGGUAGACGUUACAAUGUUUUCUUGGCACUGCCUGCUGAAAAAAUCCCACUACCACAGAGCUAUGUUCCGUUAUUGUCUUGAGAAGAGCUAUCAGCAAUUCCAAAUCCCGGAAAGCGCAAGGACAGAGGAUACUGAUUGCGAUGACUAA